CUUUUUACAGAUAGAGUCAGAGACAAUGCAUCCAGAGCGCGAGGAAGAGGAACCUUGCAGCCCGAGUGUUCAGACAGCUUCCGAGAAAUUAGAGCUUCUGCCUCAUUCGAAGAGUCGUGCGAUUGUUACUAAGAGUCCCAGAGUGGAUGGUGAAACUGAUGGUGACGAUGACGUGAAAAUUCCCUCGACAGGAAUAAAAAAUGACGCAGAUAUAGAUUGCAAGCACAGCGAAGCAAGUUUGAGUGCGUCCGACAAAGGUGUCAGGAGAGAGGAGCCAAAAUUGAGCGUAAAGGAACCAGACGCUGAAGAAGCGGAGGAAGACGACAGACUUCCAGAUGGAGGAUGGGGCUGGGUGGUCGUCUUUGGAGCUUCUCUUAUCUUAGUCUUGGUUGAUACGAUGGGCCAAUGUUUUGGUAUCAUUUUUUCUACAUUUUUAUUACACCUGGAAACCACGACAACUAUGACAGCUUGGAUCUUCAACUUGUUUAGCUUCAUCUGGAGUAUGACCGGGCCUCCCCUGGGAGCACUCAUCAACGAAUUUGGUUGGAGACCGUUGACUUUCGUGGGCUCCUUUUUGCUCACCAUUGCAACGAUUACCUCAGCCUUUGUUUCUGCUGCCUGGGUCCUCUUUUUCACCUACUCUUUAUUAGCUGGUAUAGGAUGUGGAAUCAUAUCUAACAUCAGUUACAUGAUUGUGCCUCACUACUUCAAGAAAAGGAGAGGUUUAGCUAAUGGUAUCAUAAUGGCGUGGGAUUGUGGGGGACAGUUAAUAGGGCCCCCUCUUAUUGGGAUGCUGCAGGACGAGUAUAGCUUUAAAGGCGCCACCCUCAUAGUUGGAGGGGUCAUACUUAACUCGUGCAUUGGUGCUGCUGUCUUCCACCCAGUCGAGUGGCACAAAAGACCCAAAACUCCAAAGAUUCACGGAACACAUAACACUGCACAUUUGAUCAAGAAUCCAGUGGAAGCAAUACCACGAAAGAAAACUCCUGAGAGUAUCAGGACGAUUAUGAUGCGGCUUGUGAAAUCCACAGUAAAAGACCUUGGCAUACUAAAGUCUUUGAAAGCCAUCAUCAUCUCCAUCGGCGUCACGGUUAUUUUAAACGGUUACCUGAAUUUCUUGGCUUUCGUACCAUUUGCCAUGCAGGAGGCUGGCUACACCCUCGGGGAAGCUGCUCAGUGUGUUUCGGUAUCUGCCAUUUGCAACAUGGUGACCCGAGUAAUUGUUGCAACGUUAUCAGACGGCAAAAAGUUUAAUUUUCAAAUCAGCAUGAUGGUUGGUAGUAUGACCAUCUCUGCAACUAUGAUUUGCUUCACUCUUACAGAGGAUCUAACCACAAUAAAGGUCAUAAUGGGGAUUUGGGGCUGCGGUGUUGGCACCUUUAUGAGUAUUUUCAAUCUCACUAUGGUUCAUUACAUGGGGUUGGAGAACUUCACAUCUAUGUUGGGAGCCUCUAUGCUGUGUCUCGCCUUCGGCUAUCUUACAAUCGGACCUUUUGCAGGUUACGUUAAGGACGCCAGCCAGAGUUACUCCUCCUGCAUCUGGGUUCUCUCCGGCAUCGUCUCUGUGGCUUUCAUUUCGUGGAUGUUCAUGCCGGCUGCUGUGGCCUACGACCUGAGACGCGAACAGAGGAAGAAUGAAGAAAGGCUAGAAAUAGAAGAGAAGGGAAAUAUGCUCAGCUCUGAAGCGAUAUAGGUUGAAAUUUUGUAUUGUCUUUCCUUUGUCCCAAACAGUCAACAAAUAUUUGGACAGUCAUUUUACUUAACGGUUUUAUUUAAUGGAUAUUUGAAAUAUUUACAUCUGAUGUGCUGAAGUUGAAACACUUUGCUAUUGUUUGGAAGAAUGAAGAAAAGCUGAAAAUAGAAGAAAAGGGAAAUAUGCUAGACUCUGAAGAGAUAAAGGUUGAAAUUCGUAUUUUAUUACUUUUGUCCCACACACUCAGGUGUUAAAAUGCUGUAAAACCUUGGACAGUGAUUUUACUCCAAGAGUUUUUUCACAUAUAUAAUGAGGGUAAUAUAUUGACAUAUAAUGCGCUCAGGUUCAAAAAAAUUUUUUUUAUCGUUAUUAUUUUGGGGGUGACAUUCAUCAAAAUAUACAUAGUCUUGCACAACGAUUACAAUAAAGACUAUAAUAUAGAAUACGAUUGUACCGAUUAGUGUGUAUUUCCCCUGAAUAAUUUAGAUAUGUGCUCAACAAGGAUUUUGUUUUAGAUAUGGAUAUAUAUCGUUCAUCUCUUGAUGUCGCACAAGUACAAUCUUUCAAGAGUCUGUGAUAACGUUGUAUCGUAAUUUUUGUGCUCGUAAUUAUGAAAGAGAGAGAAAGAGUGUGUUUACCUAGAUAGUCUUCUUAAAAUUAUUCACUCUGAAAUUAUAUGCAUGACAGACGUACGUAUAAUACAUAAAUACAUAUAAGCUUACACACAGACACACAACACACACAAAUAUAUAUAUAUAUAUAUAUAUAUAUAUAUAUAUAUAUAUAUAUAUAUAUAUAUAUAUGUAUACACGAGAAAGGUUGAAGAUAAGAGACACAUCAGGUAAAAAUAGAUUAAGAAACGAAUUAAAACUUCUUAGCUCCACUUUUCAGAAAGUCCGUCCUAGCAUUAACAAUCGAACAUAAAAACUCCACUUUGAAUAGAAAGUAUAAAUCCUCCUCAAGGUUAUUAUGUAAACUAGAUCACCACUAAACAAUAUAUAGUAUUUAGUCUUUACUAUUAUAAUUCUUGCAAUAAAAGAUUGCACUCUUUUUGUUUUA